AUGAGUGCAUUCCUUAAUGUUAUAUUACCUUCUUGUUGCACUAGAAGGGAUGCAAAAAAAGAAAAUUAUACUAUAAAUUCAAGGGAUUGCUAUGAAAUUAGUAAACUAGACAUUGAAAGUGAAAGCAGCGAAAAAAUUAUUGGUAACCUCUUUUACCGACAAUCAAAAUAUUUUGACGGUCCUGAAGAUAGCCUUAUAAGAAUUACUCAACAGUUAAAUCCUGAAAAUGAGUUGGUGAUUGAAUCUCCUGAAAGCAAUUAUAAGCUUAUUGGAGAAAGCACAUCUGAAUCUACACGCAGUAUUGAAAAUGCCAACCAAAUUUUAGAACAAUUUCAGUGUUCAAUGUGUAAUCAGUCAUCUCAAGGGUUUUGCAUUGGAUGCCAAAAUUUGAGAUAUUGCAAAGAUUGCUAUGAAAAAGCUCAUGAAAUCAAAUUUGAAAGCCACAAAUUUUGUAUUUAUGCUAGAAAAACAUUCAAGACCACAUCUAAUGCACUUCGUGCAUUAGCAAGGCUAAAAAAAUAA